UUUGCAAGAGCCUUGGGUUUUGAAAGAUUACUUUUGUUGCCUGCUAAACGAGUUGAGACCGCUUUAAAGGAGAAUGCUUCCACGUCACCGCCCACAAACGUUGAGGUAUUUCCAGCGGGUACUCACGUGCUGAAGAGGAGAAUCAACAAGUCGUCGAAAUUGGACUCUGGUUGGGAAGAUGAGGUCUUUGUCGUGGUUGCUGCUUUCAAGAAUAACACA